GCACUGAAGAGGACCAGAAACAUCCAGCAAUGAUGAAAGGUGUUUCAUUCGCACUUGUGUUUCUUUUCUGCCUUCUUUACAGAACUGAAGGAAAUGUUCCAGGUUGCACUGGUAACUAUGGAAAGGUAGCGGAAGUUCAAACCACAGGAGCUGGACCUAGAACUGCAAAAGCAGAAGGCCUGAAAUCUGGAGGAGUUCAAGCUUCAGCCAUUAUUGCAGAGAAAGACCUAAGGAAUAUGAACAAAUAUAAACCAAAGAUUUUAGCUGUCAGUAAAAAAUCAGGUAUUGAGGCAGCUGUGAUUGCUGGUAUAAUCUCUCGAGAAACUCAUGCUGGAACUGCCCUGAGGAAUGGCUGGGGUGACCGUGGAAAUGGAUUUGGCUUGAUGCAGGUUGAUAAAAGAUACCAUAAAUUAACAGGCACAUGGGAUAGCGAAGCUCAUAUUACCCAGGGUACCCAAAUCCUCUGCAGCAUGAUAAAUGGCAUUGCUAAAAAAUUUCCACGAUGGACCAAAGCACAACAGCUCAAAGGUGGAGUUUCAGCCUACAAUGCUGGGAUUCGCAAUGUUCAAACCUAUGAGGGAAUGGACAGAGGCACAACAGGGGACGAUUAUGCCAAUGAUGUUACUGCAAGAGCCCAGUUUUACAAGAAACAUGGAUACUAAUAAAAGUUUUAAUCUCGUUUGACCACUUUUAAGAAGUAAUUUACAACACACUCCUUCAGUAAAAUUUCAUUAAUGGUGUUCUCUAUAAAAUAUAAUUUUGCUUGCUUUAAUAGAUUCAUGCUUUUUUGUAAGAUUAGGAGCUAAUAGCUGAGACAGACCAGGUUGUGAAGGAGAAAUCUGGCCUCUGCCUCCAAGUCACUUAGCAAUGUUGUCUGUCUUUCUGUGCAAUCCUAUACAGAAUUAAUCCAGUUAAAAUCACUUGACUGCAAUGGGCUUAGUCUGGAGUAACAGUGACAAUUCUCACCGUUUUGUAAGGAUUGUAGCAAUAAUAUGCAGGACAUGUAUUUGAUAAUGUCUCACAACAGUGCUAGAUAGGACAGAUCUUCCCUAAGCAUUGCAAGGAUGACCCAGAAGUGCAAAACUUUGAAUUGUUGUUAUAUCAUUACUCUAUGCAGGGCACUUGACACUCACUAUGAAUUGGGGGAAGUAAAAAUGAAUGCAUAAUAAA